AUGGUAUCAACUUCUGUUAUGUCAAGUCCCAUUACGUCUAAACAGCAUACUACUAAAGACAAAGAUACUUUCACAGAAAUAAGAGAGGAAAAACAUUCUAGCACUAGUUCACACACAUCACGCAGUUCUGCUACGGCAUUACGCAAGACUAUAUUCAAGAACAAAAAAGGGCAUAAUUUGAAGCUGAGAUUGCAAUUAGUGAGUAAGUUUCAUUCCCCUACAGAUAGACUUAUUUCACCGUGUUCACAAAAAUUAAAUAGUUAUAAAUCAAAUAUCUUUAAAAUCAAAAAUGCAAAACCAACAAAAUUGGAGUUUCAAACAAAUCCAUCUAGUAAUGACGAGGAUGAAAUGUCUGUAGAUUCGGAUACUCCAAUGAAAGAUAUCAGUGGUAUGAAUAGUGAAAACCCAAGCGAAGAAAAAAUUAAAGAAGAUACCAUAUUCUCAUAUACAUACACAUUAAAAUAG